UGUAGAUCUAAAUUGAUAAGUAAGAUUUUUAUUUAAAUUCAAAUGGAAAUUUGACGCAAUAAGGUAACAAAGUACAGGUGAAAAUGACUCAUUCGGAAUACCACACUAAGGAAGUGUUUUCCAUCCUGUCGACACGGUACAACAAGAUUGUCGAGAGUCCUCGGCGGCGAACGAUUUCUAGAUUGUUAUUGUGUAAUACGCUUUUAUCUGAUUUCACUCCAUUAAAUGGCAAUGGAUGGGGCUGGGGAGAGCGAAGGGUGACUGUCUGGAACACAGGAGACAUGUUUGGUUUGUCCAAACUGUUUGGGAGUUGUGGGCGGCUCCUCUGGAGCGACACAGAGACUCCCGGCACUGGCUAUGAUAUGGUCAGCAAGGACGAUUCAGCUAUUUUGAAUGAAUUUUCACCCGAAGAGGAACCAUUGUCGCCGGAGGACAUAGUGGUGUCUCAGCCUAUUUGGCAGGGCAGGACAGAUAAUGCUGUGAAAAAUAAAUCGGUUCCUGAUCUCAAAUCUCUCUCGUCCAGUAUGGGAAGCGUGUACCAAUCGACGACUUUGUCGGGGAUAAGAUCGAGCAAAUCAACAGAAAAUGUUCCAUCCGUGUCGGGUAGUUCACAGAUUUCAAGACUUUCAGGUAGUCCCAAGACUUCGGUAAUCCACUCCAAUCCAAAGAAAGGACACUCUGUACAUAUUUCACAUGCACCAUCUGUGUUCUCCAGCCCAAUUGUUAAGUCUACAGGAAACUUAAAUCUUCCCAAGCCAUCUGGUUCACGGAACAGUUACAAACUGUCAAAAAAACAGAAGUCAGAGGAAGUGAAACUACAGAUUGUGUCUGUUGUUUGAUGUGUCAGGUUUUGGUUUCUUGAAGAUGCUUCAGAAUGGUGCCAAAUAAGUAGAAACGUAGUUUUAUUGUUGAGAGACAAGUGGUUAUUGCUUGAUUUGUGGAGAGAGAUGUGCUCAGGUUCCAUUGAUCAAAGCUUUGCUGAUCGGAGUUUAGAAAUUUCAGAUUCCAUACAUUGUGUGUCUUGUUAUACAUAUUGUUUUCUUGUUUAAGUAGAUAGGGCUCCCUAGCUCUUUCCAUCAUCGAAGUGGUAGGGUUCUUCUUUUCUUUUUUUUUAAAUUACGAUAUGUUUUCUGGAAUCUCGAGUACACAGUCCUGAUGCCUUGUGGAAAAAAUGGGAAAUGCACCUUGUUUUUAAUAUUUUUAGAAACAAAAAUAAUUUACAAAUGCUUUAUGUAUGAAGAGGCUGAUGCUGAUGCCUGGUUUUCUUUUUAACAGGCGAGAUUGGAGUAUUUUAAACUCUGUUUAACUCUGCAGACCGUUCUAAAGCGUGUUAUUGGUUGUAGAAUAGAAUGCUUUUUUAAAGACUGUGAAUUACAUUUUAAGAGUGAACAGUUUUUAGUGAUUUAGCCGAAAGCCUUAAUAUGCAUAAUGCAAGAAGAGAUCCACUUUAAUAUGUUUUCUGUGCAAGUAUGCGAGUUUGUUACUUAUAUAUACACUUACCUUCUUACAACACGUUACAUUAUACACCCUGUGUCAUUUUAAUUUAUCAUACUUUUUUAAUGCAUUGAGUAGAUAUGCGAUGUAAUUUUUUGUAUACGUGUCAUGAUAGAAUUUUUAUUGAAAGUUAAAUGCAAUUCAUUUAGUUUUAGGAUCAAAUACUGUGCUAAUAUUGAACUUAUUUUUAUAUUUAUGUCAAAAUACAUUUUUUUUUCUUCAUGAAAAUCAAACACUUUAUAAAUUCACAUGUCCUGUUCUCCCAUUAAUGAAUUACUAGCUGCAAUAAUGUAGCCCUCUCUGAUUUUUUUUUUUUUUUUUUUUUGAUUUUUUUUAGGGAGAGGGCUACAACUCCUUAGGAUCUCCGUAAUGGUGCAAAUGCGGGAGUGAUUCACUCCCGCAACAUUUGCGCUCAUUCUAAACAUUUCCUGACUUUCUUUACGUAAAUAAAAUGAUAUUCUAUGUUUCUUAGUCAAUAUAUAAAUUUACAACCUACAACUUUAGAUUUGUGAGGCUCUAUUCUACCGUUUUCAACAAUUUCGAUAAAUCCCAGUUUCUCGAUUCAUAUUUGUGCGCCAUGUUUGAUGUACUGAAGUUUCAACUUCCGGUUGUCAAGUCAUUUGCAUAUGCCAUAUAAGGUGGUAUUUACAUCAAUGGACAAGUAUGGAGGCGAAAGCUAUUUCGUCGGUAUUGAGAAGGUUUGAAUUUAAUAUCAAGUUAAAAACCGAACAGCAGAGUGUAAAUUCUUUCUGCAACAAUAUGAUUUUCCUUCCUUUGUCGAAGUGGCUCGAAUAACUACAUUUUCGCGCUGAUUGUCAAUGUUUAGGCUUUUCAUUAGAUCCACCUACGAGAUCUCGCGAUAACAAGCAUGGCGGAGCAGACGAAGAAUUUUGCAUGCUGUACAUUAUAUUUAAUGAAAAACACCUUUAUUAGACAUGCCCGAGCACGAAGUUGGUACUCCUUUUGGUAUAAACAACAUUUGGGACUAAUACACAGAGUUUAUUAUCGGUUAUUCAUAAAAUUAUUUUGCACCAUUACGGAGAUCCUAUGGAAUUGUAGCCCUAUCCCGAAAACGUCAGAAUAAAAAAAAAAUUGGAUUGGGCUACAUUAUUGCAGCUAAUGAAUUACUUGACAGUUUACAGGUAAGAAAAAUAUGAAGUUUCCACUUUAUAUUGACACGUAAUCUGAAGCACAACACAGCCAUGAUUUGUUAGAAAUGGAAAUUUUAACAGGAUCAUUUUAUGCAUAAAGUGGACCUAUUUUCACAUCACACACCGUCCUUGUGUAAGUUUAGAUUUGCAAUAUCACAUUCGUACUAGUAAGAAAGAAUGCACAGUAUGAAUUUUUAUUUCAUUGGAAAGAUUUACAAUGGUGAAUCUAGAGGGGGUUGCAAUUGCCCACCCCCUUUUGUUGAAUAUUUUUAAUAAUAAAUGGUAAUUAUUUUAUUUAGCAAGUAAGUUUUGGGUGGAAAAGGUACAAACUUGGGUCAGACCUCGUUUUGGAAAAUUGUAUGGCUCCACCACCAUAUCUUCAAAAUGGGUGUAUUUACUCAUCUGAUUUUAUCAUUUGAUUUUGAUUAGAGAAACACACCAAGUUCAAAUUGUUGAGUACUGUGUUUUCAAUAUGUCUUGCAAUAUAUUAGAUAUAUAUUUUAUAUUUGAAAAUUUAUUUUUUAUAUUCAUUUAUAAACAGGAAUCUGCACGUGUGGAUACAUGUAUAAUUGUUCCCUUUAAAAUCCAGGAAUUUUGUACACUUGUGUAGAUAUGUAUACAUAUUCAUUGUACUUUGACCCCCCAAAAAAUAUUGGAAAAUAGUGGCCAGCAUGUUGCCUACACCAAAAAGAAGUUGAAAGUUUUCUUGCCCCAGGUUAGCUCUCUACCAAAGACUAACAUAUGCACAGAAUUUGGAGUAUAUGUCAUAAAGAUUGCAAUCAAUGUCAAAAAUAUAUUACAUUUAUAGUUUCCUCAUACAAAAUUUUUGAUUUGUCAUAUGCGCAACAUAUUGAUUCCAUGUAUAAAUUGUUGGAAUUUUAAAGAAAGGUAAAUAAAAACUGAAGAAAUAGCAGGUG